AUCCUGAAACGUCACACUGCCGCCAUCUUGGCAGUUGCGCAAGGCAGAGAAAUCUGCCUUCUCCCAAGUUUUCCCCGUUAUAUUUCUAUUUUUGGCUCUUUUCAUGCGCAACGCAUUAGCUCACCUUGUGCAAUAUCUACCUGAGCACCUGUAAGCCACUUCACAACUACCUUUGGAGAGGAAUAAGAAAUCAGUGGACGUUUUUUUCUCAGGUUUGUUUCCGCUGCCCUCCCCCUUUCGCAUCGGUUGCAAGUGCAGACUUGGCAAAUUUUGUACAUACUUCUGCCGACCUGUAUAAAGUGACAACGUUUGUAGAUAUUUUGUAUAGAUUUUAAAGUGUAUAUACCGAAGAGAAACUAUACGGAAACAAUGGAAGGUUCGGGUUUAGCGGUUAUAGAGCCUAACCCGGUCGCGGGGCCCGUACCGGCGCCGGUACCGACAACAAACGCCUGGGCGGCCCGAACAGCGGCCGGCACAAGUCCGUGGAAAACAAACCAAGCCCCGGCGCCUUGCUCUCUUGCGGAUGUGAUGAGCGAAGAACUGGCAAAAGAACUACAAGAGGAAAAUAAGGAUACUCUUCAGAAGCUGACUGUGGGCAGUGGACCAGACUUCUUGACUACCCAAACAGAUGACCUUGACGUCAGCGAUGACCUUCUGCUGGCUCAGAUGUUACAGCGGGAAUUUGACCUUGAACAUGACCAGAUGCUGCGGAUGGAGGAGAGGAAGGUCAACGGAGACAGCAGAGUGACCAUCUCGUUUGAGAACUACCGCAUGGUCCACCCAGCAGAGACAGAGGACAGCAGUGGGAGUGAUGUAGACCUGGAUACUCCAGAGGACGCCUGGGACCAUGACAAACCUGCGACUGUACCCAAGCGAGGCUACACGGGUAAAGGACAGAACAUGGUCACCAAACAUGACGCCAAGAUCUGCGGGCAGAAAAACUCUGCUAGGAUGAUGCAGUUCCCCCCAGACUUCCACAGUGGAGACAGUGUAGGGAUGGUGCUGCCCAACCAUGUGUACAACACGCUCAAGGUCCACUCCUACAAGGAGGACCACCGGAGCCACAGGGUUCAUGACAAAAAGGAGAUCUCCACGGCUGAACAAGCCAUUGACCCCCGGACCCGCCUGCUCCUGUAUAAGCUGGUGAAUGCAGAGAUUCUGGAGUGCAUCAACGGCAGCAUCAGCACUGGGAAGGAGGCCUGCGUCUUCCAUGCCUUCGGGGGCAAGAUGGGUGACCUCCUGGUUCCUAACGAAUGCGCCAUCAAGGUGUUCAAGACGACACUGAACGAGUUCCGUACGCGCGACCGCUACAUCAAGGAGGACUUCCGCUUCAAGGACCGCUUCAGCAAACUCAACCCUCGCAAAAUCAUCAAGCUGUGGGCCGAGAAGGAGAUGCACAACCUCAACAGAAUGCGGCGUGCGGGAAUCCCGUGCCCUGAAGUUGUUCUUCUCAGGAAGCACAUCCUGGUCAUGUCGUUCAUCGGGCAGAACCAACAACCCGCCAAGAAACUCAAGGACAUCCAGCUGUCAGCGGACCAAUGGCAACAGGCAUACGCACAAUGUUUGGAUCUGAUGUGCAGAAUGUACCGAGACUGUCACCUGAUCCACGCGGAUCUGAGCGAGUACAACAUGCUGUGGCAUAACGGACAGAUCUGGUUCAUCGACGUCAGCCAAUCAGUGGAGCCGCAGCAUCCUCACGCACUGGAGUUCCUGUACAGGGACUGUCGCAAUGUCUGCCAGUUCUUCAGCAGUAAGGGAGUACCCAACGUACCUCAGGUACAUCAACUGUUCAACAAGGUGUCUGAGAUGAACAUACAGGCUGGGGAGGACAAGGACUGUCUGGAACAGAUCCAGACCUAUGAAAAGAAGGAGGAGUACCUAAGCCAGGGGAUGUCUCGAGAGAACUUCGCCUUCGACUAUUUCUUCGAGCGCUCCAAGCUCCAACAAGAAAAGCAGAAGGCAAAGCAAGCAGAGAACUCAGAAGAAGACGAUGAUGAAACAUAGCAAUGCAGCAAAACUUGUAGAUCAGUAAAAGAUAUUUUCUUUGACAAGAAUCUGUCAGAAUAACCUCAUGUUGCAGAUUAUGUUUUAUUAAACAUAUUGUAAUGCAAGUCUUAUUUGUUGAGAAACGUAAAGUUUUCAGUAUGAUAUAUUAUUAUUUGAGCAAAACCUCAACAAGAAUCAUGUAUUACUAGAUACAUUGUAUCAUUAGCAUGUUUUUUGUAUACAAACAAUGUGACAAAAAUGUAAUGACUACUGCAUAGUAAGUCCAGAAUAAAGCAUUUCUUUUUGAUUAUCAAAGAAGGAGAAGUAGAGCUACAAUACUGAAGAACGUGUAACACAAUACAAAGUAGCAACAAUCCCUGAAACUGUACACAUAUAAAUUUUAAGCAGGAUUACAAAAUGCUGACAUUGUGUUCAUGUAGACACCAAAAGAAGCCCUGACUUACACACAGAAUGUGUGUGGUACCAAAAUUGUCCCAAGUACAUUAUAUCUUCCCUGGUGGAACCUUGAGCAACGAAUCUUUUGUCUUUAACUCAGAGUGUUGAAUAUACUACUUAACAUUCUCAAGUCUCCAAACUCAGAUGGACAGUUAAAAUUGUGACACUUUCUAUCUCUACACAUCGGUCAGAAAAAUGUUACAGUUUUGUCUCCCAACAAUUUGUGUUACUUUAUUUAAUAUGAUUUGCCAUCCUGAUGUACAUACAAAUAUUAAGACAAUGGGCCAUUGACAAUGCUUUCUGCCAGGGUAUGUAUCAUUUCUAAAAAAAAACGUGUGUGAACUGAUUGAC